CGCCCCUCGGCCUGGCGCGCGGAGGCGGCGCGCACGCGCGGGGAACAUGGCGGCGGCGGAGCCCUCGGUGGCCGCGCUGGCUGGCGGCGGUGUGGGCGCGGGGCCGCCGUCGGGCGGCGUGCCGGUGCUCUUCUGCUUCUCGGUGUUCGCGCGGCCCGCCUCGGUGCCCCACGGCGCCGGCUACGACGUCCUCAUCCAGAAGUUCCUGAGCCUGUAUGGCGACCAGCUCGACAUGCACCGCAAAUUCGUGGUGCAGCUCUUCGCCGAGGAGUGGGGCCAGUACGUGGACCUGCCCAAGGGCUUCGCGGUGAGCGAGCGCUGCAAGCUGCGCCUGGUGCCGCUGCAGAUCCAGCUUACGACCCUGGGAAAUCUCACACCUCCGAGCACUGUGUUUUUCUGCUGUGACAUGCAGGAAAGGUUCCGACCAGCCAUCAAGUACUUUGGAGACAUUAUCAGUGUGGGACAGAGACUGUUGCAAGGAGCUCGGAUAUUAGGGAUUCCGGUUAUCAUAACAGAACAGUACCCCAAAGGCCUUGGCAGCACGGUGCAAGAAAUCGACCUAACGGGUGUGAAACUGGUUCUUCCAAAGACCAAGUUUUCUAUGGUGUUACCUGAAGUUGAAGCAGCCUUAGCCGAGAUCCCUGGCGUCCGCAGUGUUGUGUUAUUUGGAGUAGAAACACACGUAUGUAUCCAGCAAACUGCCCUGGAGCUGGUCGGCCGAGGCAUUGAAGUUCACAUCGUUGCGGAUGCCACCUCCUCAAGAAGCAUGAUGGACAGGAUGUUUGCUCUUGAGCGCCUUGCUCGAACUGGGAUCAUCGUAACCACUAGUGAGGCUGUUCUGCUGCAGCUGGUGGCUGACAAAGACCAUCCGAAAUUCAAGGAAAUCCAGAACCUAAUUAAGGCGAGUGCCCCAGAGUCCGGUCUGCUCUCCAAAGUGUAGAAGACUUGAAGGAUUGGGAUCCUCGACGAUGACGGGACUGCAAGCCAGACCAGCCCUUGUCUCUACUCAAACUAAAACGUUAAGUCAAUAGCAGCCCCUUCUUCGCAGCUCUUAGUAACUCUAACUGGCUAGACCAUUGGGUACGAGCAUUUAGUUACGACGUCAAGGCUUCAGGUGCUGCUUAUCUUCUUUGUUUCUUGAGGGGCUUUUAUUUAUUCAGACAAAUUACAAUGGAGGUGCCUGUUUUGUCUCCGCCAUAUACACCGACCCUAUCUUUCCAAAGUGCACCCUCUGGUUGAAGUUUUCUUAAGGUGUGCACUUUACACAAAAACAAAAACAAAAACACAUCUACCAUAAUGAUUUGAGUUUUCUGUUGUCGUGAAACAUCCGUUGUCGUGUCAGUGUAGACCCAGUGUUUUCCCCUCACGGGCUGACUGGUGAACGAUUCCUGGGUGAGAAUUGACACACAGGACUCCGUAUUGUCACCUACUUCUGUCACAGUGUAGAAUUGCUGACUGAGUGGGGUGCGUUGAUUUAACCAGAGCAAAUUAUCUUGAAUAUUGUUGUACCUGUCUUGAGUGUCCUGCUUUUCUUCUUCCCGGUACCAUCUUUGUGGAUUCUCUUCCUCUGGCUCAUGGUCUGCGCGAACAUUUUUUUCCACUGAAUGUUUCACAUCCUCAUUGGUUGUUUUAGUUUUGUGAAGAGAUGGGAGUGAUUUGCCAUGCUGGGUGGCUGAGAGUGUUAACCAAACGUAAGGCCUUUACAGUCUUUUUGAGUGCACCUUUUGGUAUACACAGGUGUUAGUGGAGAAGUAAACACUGUAAAGUGUAGUUUUAAAAUGCCCGUAUUACCCUUGGCAUUUUCUCUCUCUGCCAUUCAGACAUUGUUCUUGCUGACGUCAUCAACAGUGACUUGAUAGGGGUAAUACUGUGGUCAUUGUCAACCCAUCCCUGAGUUUAUUUUUCAUUUACUACUUUUUAAUGCUUAAAAAUCUUUUUAAAGAGUGUUGUGACUUGUGGAACAUUACUCUCUUUGUAUUGAAUUAAAGGAAAUGUAUUA